AUGGAGUCAAGAUCUUGGGACUUGGGACCACGGACCAAAAACCAACAGCUGAGGUGCCUCAGGUCCAUCGCAUCCGUAUUAACCGAUUUAAUAAAUGGAGCCAAGAAACAAAAGCUCCGUGUGAAGGGACCAGUUCGCAUGCCAACGAAAAUUUUACGUAUUACCACAUGUAAAACACAUUGUGGUGUUUCAGUCAUCGAUCUGCACUCUCCAUCUGAAAUUGUGAAGCAAAUCACUUCCAUCAGUAUUGAACCAGGUGUAGACUUACUUUAAACGAAGUAAGUGUGAACUUGUCGAGAAUCGGCCCAAUAAUAUACAUAUAUAAUAAAAUAGUAUAAACAUAAUCAUAAUUAUAAAUAAAUAAGAAGAGUGGCUGACCGCUGAGUUUCCCUCUCCAGAAAAGAGUGAACAAUCAACGAAAUGGUUUCAUCAACCAAUAGCAAUGAACAACCAAAUACCAGAGAGUCAAGUUAAUAAAUUAUUAACAAUAUUAAAUACAAAUUUUGAUGCUAACUUGCCCAAUGAUGUGCAGAUUAUUGCAAAAAUAAUCGACCCGGGUCUUGAAAUCCAGCAUCCGUCCUAAAGUACUGAGGAGCAAUCUUUAUCAAGAAAUAAUGAGCCAGCCAAUACAACCAAACCUUGAAUAAUGAGCCAGCCAAUACAACCAAACAUUGAAGAAAAGCUUAAACUUUUAGCAAUUUCAGACAAAGAGGAGGAGCCAGUUUUACCAUUAAAAAGUAUUAAAGAAAGAGAUCUUCGAAAAAAAAUUAGAAAACGAAACUUUUGCCUUACACAUGAUAAAUGAGCUGGCAGGAAACAUACCAAA